AUGGCGCCAGAGCAGUACCAUCGUGGGCCAGCAGUGCAGCCUGAAAGUGGUCGACGUGGUAGGGGUGUGCUACGAGGGACUUCGCAGGUGACCCCGUCAGCUCCAUUGCUGAUCGCGAGCACGAACUUUACCUCACAUGACUGGGAUGCGUAUUUUCCUGACCCUCCAGAAGCAUCGACGGUUGCUGAUGCUCGUCCGAUACGAGAUGCGGAUAGUGGGGGCCGACUUAGUGGCUCACCACCGAGGGAUGCUGAGGAUCUUCCACAAGAUUUGCCAUCAUCCUCGCUCGUCGCGGAGGCCACUAGGUGCGACACUGACAUGCCUGAGACGGAUGAUUAUAUUCAGGAGCCCGCUGAGACCAUGGUUACUACUGCACCGAUGGCCCCUUUAAUCGAGCCUGCCAGCCUUACUGACGAUCAUGUUGCAGCUCAUCCUUUGAUAAAGAGGCGUCGUGAUGAGGAUGAUCCUGAUAGUGUAGCCGUGCGGGAUGGGAUGCGCAUGAAGCCAGUGGCUGCUUUAAAGCAUAAAGGUUGUGGGACACAUCGAUUUUUUUUAAUUUUAUGUACAUAUGACAAUGAGUAA